AUGGGGAAAUUGAUCAGGAUGGGGGCACAGGAGAGGCGGUUACUCUGGCCAAAGCGGCUUCAUUGGAGGCGCCUCCUCUUCCUAUUGGGAAUUAUGAUCAUGGGUUCCACCUACCAGUACCUGAGGAGCCCCCGGGGGCUCCCCUCACUGUGGGCAGCAGUCUCUUCCCAACAGCCUGUAAAACUAGCCAGCCGGGACCUUUCCAACAAUGAGAUGAUGAUGGUGAGCAAUGACCCUCCAAAAUCUAGCUCUGAAAUGGAGGUUGAGACAUGGGCACCCCAAGCCACAGUGGGCAGAGAUGGAACAACACCUGGUGUAACAAUGGAGAACACCCCCAGUAUACCUAGAAGAACAGCCAACGUCAUUCCAGCAACACCCAAGAGCAGCGACAGCCCAACAGCAGCCCGCACGGAAAAAGUGAAGGAAGACACCCCAGCCACACCCAGUGGAGCACUGAAUCACUACCCUCCAACUUCAGGCAGACCAGCAGUAAAUAAUUAUACCCCAGCAACACCCAGGGGAGCAGUGAAGAGCUACCGCCCAACUCAAGCCAGGGGAAAGGUGAGGAAAUACACCCCAUCCCCACUUGGUAGGAUGGUGACCAGUUACGACCCAUCCACAUUCAUGACAAUGACCAGGAGCCGUGGGAUCACCCCCAAAGCAACAGUGAAAGACAGUGAAAUUAUGACAACCAACAAAAUACUGGAGACCAACCCUUCCAAGACAGUAGUGGAGGAAACCACCCCAACUCCUCUCAAGGGAGUAACUGAUAACACCCCACCCUUCCUGAUAAAUGACUUAGAAACAGACAUCUUGACUUCUCCAAGGAAUGUGGUAGAAGAGAAGACCCUAACUACCCCCAGAAGAGUGGGCAAUAAUAGCUCAACCAACCACCGGGGGUUAGUGGGAAAAAACAAGCUGACACCACCCCAGGGAACAGUCCUGGAGCACACCGCAGCCAUCUCUGAGGGGCAGGUGACAGUAAGCAUCACGACAGGCAGCAGCCCAGCAGAAACCAAAGCCCCUACUGCUGCGUGGAAGGCUAGGAAUCCCUCGUCCAGAACCAGUGCACCAACCGUUGGAAUAUCCUCAGCCACCUUCUGGGGGCUGGUGAAGAACCCUUCCCCAGCACCCACCACUCCAGCAACUCCCAGGGUCAGGGCAAAUCCGACCACUCAGGUCCAUCACUGUGUGGUUGUGGAGCCAGUCCCAGUCUCGCCCACUGUCCCCUCCCCCAGUCUGACAACAGCUGGGAUGCCAGAGGCUCCCAGUCCCUCAGUACUGCCUUCUGGGCAGCCAGACUUCCACCCCAAGGCAGAGUACCCCCGAGACCUGUUCAGUGUGAAGGAGCGGAGGCAGGGCUGGGUGGUCCUGCACAUCUUUGGCAUGCUGUAUGUGUUUGUAGCCUUGGCCAUCGUUUGUGACGAGUACUUUGUCCCAGCCCUGGGUGUCAUCACAGACAAGCUGCAGAUCUCUGAGGAUGUGGCAGGUGCUACGUUCAUGGCUGCUGGAGGCUCUGCCCCCGAGCUCUUCACCUCCCUCAUUGGCAUCUUCAUCUCCCAUAGCAAUGUGGGCAUCGGCACCAUAGUGGGCUCUGCGGUGUUCAACAUCCUCUUUGUCAUUGGCACUUGUGCCCUCUUCUCCCGGGAGAUCCUCAACCUCACCUGGUGGCCCUUGUUCCGUGACAUCACCUUCUACAUCCUUGACCUAAUGAUGCUCAUCCUCUUCUUCCUGGAUAACCUCAUUGUCUGGUGGGAGAGCCUGCUGCUUCUGCUGGCCUAUGCCCUCUAUGUGUUCACCAUGAAGUGGAACAAACAACUUGAGCUGUGGGUGAAGGAGCAACUCAGCAAGAGGCCAGUGGCCAAGAUCAUGGCCCUAGGGGACCUUAGCAAGCUGGGCGAUGGGACAGUUGUGGUGGAUGAGCAGCAGGAUAACAAGAAGCUGAAGCUCGCGUCCGUGCUGACCCAAGGGAGCAGCUCGGCCUCUCUGCACAACAGCACCAUCCGCAGCACCACCUACCAGCUCAUACUCCGCAGCCUGGACGCUCUGGGGGAAGCCCGGCCCUCCAAGGACAAGGAGGAGGAGAGCUUGAAUCAGGAGGCCAAAGCCAAGCCUCAGGCCAAAGCAGAGAGCAAACCAGAAGAGGAGGAGCCAGCCAAGCUCCCUGAGGUCACGGUCACACCAGCCCCUGCUCCAGACGUCAAGGGAGAUCAGGAGGAAGAUCCUGGCAGUCAGGGAGAUGUGGCUGAAGCUGAGAGCACAGGUGAAAGGACAGGUAAUGAGGUUAAAACUCCUGGUGAAGGUGAAAAUGGAGAGCAAAGUGGAGGUGAAGCUCGACCAGAAGGUGAAGGUGAAGAAAAAGGAGAGAAUGAAAGUGAAGGUGACAUCCAGGCAGAAAGGAAAGAUGAUGAAGGUGAAGGUGAAAUCCAAGCAGGAGAAGAUGGCGAAAUGAAAGGUGAUGAAGAUGAAACUGGAGAGCAGGAAUUGAACGCUAAAAAUCAAGAUGAAGCCAAAGAAGAUGAGAAAGGUAUAGAUGGUGAAGAGGAAGGUGAUGGAGGUGAGAGUGAAGACGAAGAGGAGGAGGAGGAGGAGGAGGAGGAAGAGGAGGAGGAGGAGGAGGAGGAGGAGGAAGAGGAAAAUGAGGAGCCUUUGUCCCUGGAAUGGCCUGAGACCAGGCAGAAGCAAGCCAUUUACCUCUUUCUUCUGCCCAUUGUGUUCCCACUGUGGCUGACGGUGCCUGAUGUCCGGAGGCUGGAGGCUAGGAAAUUUUUUGUUAUCACCUUCCUGGGAUCCAUCAUGUGGAUAGCCAUGUUCUCAUACCUCAUGGUGUGGUGGGCUCACCAGGUUGGUGAAACAAUAGGGAUUUCUGAAGAGAUUAUGGGUUUGACAAUCCUAGCAGCAGGCACAUCAAUUCCUGACCUCAUCACCAGUGUGAUUGUCGCUCGGAAAGGCCUGGGAGACAUGGCCGUGUCAAGCUCUGUGGGCAGUAACAUAUUUGAUAUCACCGUGGGCCUGCCCCUUCCUUGGAUGCUUUUCUCUUUUAUCAAUGGAUUACAGCCUGUUCCUGUCAGUAGCAAUGGCUUGUUUUGUGCCAUUGUUUUGCUUUUUCUCAUGCUCCUGUUUGUGAUCUCUUCAAUUGCAUUAUGCAAAUGGAGAAUGAACAAGAUCCUGGGCUUUACCAUGUUCCUCCUGUACUUUGUAUUCCUGAUAAUCAGUGUGAUGUUAGAAGAUCGAAUCAUAUCUUGUCCCGUGUCUGUCUGA